GUGGGCGAGGGGGAGGACGAGGGCGAGGGCGGCGAGGGCGAGGACGAGGAUGAGGACGAGGACCAGGACGACGAGCAGGACGACGACGACGACGACGACGACGAUGACGACGACGACGACGACGACGAUCACGACGAGCACCGCGCGUACCGGGACUGCUGCCGGUCGCUGAAGGAGGUGGAGCCCGGGUGCGUGUGCGAGUCGCUGCUCCGCCUGCCCAUGUUCCUCGUCAAGCCGCAGCACAAGUACACCCUCCGGGUCGGCAAGACCUGCGAGGUCACCUACCGCUGCGGCGGCGGCCGCGCCAUGUAGCAACCCCGCACGCACG